AAGUGGGCAGGAGAGGAAGCAGCUGGUGAUGCUGGAACAAACAUGGCCGCCCCGGCGCCUGUCGCCCCUGCGAGCUCCCACUGUCGUCGGCUGGUCGCGGGCCUCCGGCUGCUUCCGCUGCUGGGACUGCUGCAGCUGCUGGCCGAACCCGGCCUGGGCCGCGUCCACCACCUGGCGCUCAAGGAUGACGUGAGGCAUAAGGUUCAUCUGAACACCUUUGGAUUCUUCAAGGACGGGUACAUGGUGGUUAACGUCAGUAGCCUUUCAGUGAGUGACCCCGGAGGAGCCACAGACAAGGACCCGACGAUUGGCUUCAGCCUCGACCGUACAAAGAACGACGGAUUUUCUUCUUAUCUGGAUGAAGAUGUGAAUUACUGUAUUUUAAGGAAACAGUCUGUGUCUGUCACCCUUCUAAUCCUAAACAUCUCCAGAAGUGAAGUGAAAAUAAAAUCUCCGCCGGAAGCUGGUACCCAGUUGCCAACGAUCAUCGUCAGCAGGGAUGAGAAAGUCCCCCGUCAGGGCCAGGAGGCUGGCACAAACCCUGUUUCAGCGGGCAGCCAGACCGAGAAAAAACAAGAGAGUGGAAAGUCUAAAAGAAGUACAGUAGAUUCAAAGGCCAUGGGAGAGAAAUCUUUUUCUGUUCAUAAAAAUGAUGGGGCAGUUUCAUUUCAGUUUUUCUUUAAUAUCAGCACUGAUGACCAAGAAGGCCUCUACAGUCUUUAUUUCCAUAAAUGCCUUGGAAAUAAAAUGUGGUCUAAUGACAAGUUUUCCUUCAGCCUUGAUAUCGAGAUCACAGAGAAGAAUCCUGACAGCUACCUCUCAGCGGGAGAAAUCCCUCUCCCUAAAUUAUAUAUUUCCAUGGCCUUUUUCUUUUUCCUCUCUGGGACCGUCUGGAUUCACAUCCUUCGAAAACGACGGAAUGAGGUAUUUAAAAUUCACUGGUUGAUGGCGGCCCUUCCGUUCACCAAGUCUCUCUCUUUGGUGUUCCAUGCAAUCGACUACCACUACAUCUCCUCCCAGGGCUUUCCGAUUGAGGGGUGGGCCGUCGUGUACUACAUCACUCACCUUUUGAAGGGGGCGCUGCUGUUCAUCACCAUCGCACUCAUUGGCACCGGCUGGGCUUUCAUUAAGCACAUCCUUUCCGAUAAAGACAAAAAGAUCUUCAUGAUUGUCAUCCCGCUCCAGGUCCUGGCAAACGUGGCCUACAUCAUCAUAGAGUCCACGGAGGAGGGGACAACAGAGUAUAGCCUGUGGAAGGAUUCUCUGUUUCUGAUUGACCUGCUGUGCUGUGGAGCCAUCCUCUUCCCCGUGGUGUGGUCAAUCAGGCAUUUACAAGAAGCAUCAGCAACAGAUGGAAAAGGUGGCAGCGUGGGACCUCUUCAGCCGAGCGCGAGUGUGGAAACAGGAAGCCGACUUGCUGCUAUCAAUUUAGCAAAGCUGAAACUUUUCAGACAUUAUUACGUCUUGAUCGUAUGUUACAUAUACUUCACCAGGAUCAUCGCAUUUCUCCUCAAAUUCGCUGUUCCGUUCCAGUGGAAGUGGCUCUACCAGCUCCUGGAUGAAAUGGCCACGCUGGUGUUCUUUGUUCUCACGGGGUAUAAGUUCCGCCCCGCUUCAGAUAACCCCUACCUGCAGCUCUCUCAGGAAGAGGACGACCUGGAAAUGGAAUCUGUUGUGACGACAUCGGGGGUGAUGGAGAACAUGAAGAAAGUCAAGAAGGUGACCAACGGCUCGGUGGAGCCCCAGGGCGAUUGGGAAGGCACCGCAUAAUGGAGCGCCUGGAGGCUGGCACCGUCACAGACAACGUUUAAUUUAUUAAUAGUCCUAUGGGUGAGCAGGAGCAGUUGGCACUCCCAGCAGUGACACCACGGAGCACGUGGCUGGGAGCAAAGUGCCACGGAAGCUUAAUUUUUUACUCUUUUAUGGAAACUGGAUCUGCGGCUGGUCAUGGGCAGCUGGCAUUCUUUCUCAGGUGGGAAUGGUGGGGAGGGAGUGUAGUGAGGAGGAGGAUAAAAGGAAGACUUUGCUUCAACUGACAUUUCUUUUUUUUAAUUGGGAGCUUUUAACGGCAUCUGCACUGUGGCCCCACGUGGGUAGCAACAUCAGAAGGAAUGUCGGCGGGUGGAGUGGGGAGGAGGGCGGAGGUGUGUGUCCGAUGCCAGUCACCAUAUAGGGACCUCCAGAGAAGGAACAGGGAGGGUGUCACUGCAUCUUUUGGGCACAAAAACUAAUGAAAUUAGGUUAUUUUAGAAAGCAACGUCAAAACCUAGUUCAGCAUGUGCCGCCUCCCCAGGAUUCCUGGCCCCAGGCCUUCAUCCGAGUUCCUGAAAGUGACCGGGAACCAACAGCUCUGGGAGCCCGGAGGUCUUCUCUCUAAAAGGGCUUUGUCACCGGAGGGCUUUGUCACGUCACUGUCACAGUCUCGGCCCCGGACUCGGCACAGCCUGGCUGGUGCGGGUGGUUCUUUUGAUCGAAGGGUGUCUGUGUUGCCUCGUGGAUGGACAGAAGUGUAUUUUUAAGCUCAGAAAGUAUUCUCCUGUAGCGUUUCUCUGACUCCUCAGAACAGCACAUUCUCUCAUUUCUCUCUCUCCCCGUGUCUCCCGCAUACUUGAUAUGAUCAGAUUAUAGGGGAAAAUGGGAAGGAAUUUUCCUUAAGAAGCGGCCGGGGUCAGAAAAGGUAGUGUGAAAUAAAUACUUAGUGCAGGCAAGUCGUCAUUGUUAACAGCUGUUCCCGUGAGCCAGACAGGAUUUCUAAACAAACAGAUGAAACAGACUUCGUCCCUGUGUUCCAGGAGUGGGUAUGAGGAAAGCAAGUGUGAUUCUACUGCGUUUCACUCUCAGGGCUGAGGGCGGUGGAGUCUAGCAGUGGAUUCCUCCCGAACGUGCGAGCUUGGGGGUGAACGCGGGCGCUGUCUGCAGUGAAGUGUCGCAGCUAGGUCGUCUGAAACGUGGAGCUGAGCUCAAGGGGUCCGUGUGAGCGCGGGCAUGGGGCCUUCGAGGUGAUUCCCGCUCCGAGUGUGGUCACGUGGGCCUGAGACAGCAUCCUGGAGCGCAGCCGUGUCGGGAAGGCUUCCUGCUGCCUGCGGUGCCGGUGGCUUCGGUCGCCGCCAGUGCUGGGGUGGCCGGGAGCCUCCUGGUCGUGGGACGGUGGCAGUCUCUACUGGUGGUUUUCUUACCUUCGGCUUGGAAGGGUCGAUCAGAAAGCACAGGAUUCGGGCCGGUGCUCAGUAUCCCAGAUUUGGGGAUCUGAAGUCUUUACUCGGAAACAAUUGUCAUCCCCCUCCCGAGCCAUUUUUGCUCCGUGAGUGACCCUGGAGGAAGCAGGCGUUCCUUUGCGCACGCGUGUCAGCGCUCUGUGCUCCACCCAGCCCGACCUGCCCGGGGCCUGGCCCCAGCUCAGUGGCCGGCGGGAACAUGCACCUGGCCGUCACUGCUGCCUUUUCUCUGCAGGUAUUUCAGGUGAGGGUUCAGGGAAGUAUACUCUCAGUACUGAGUGAAGGGACCUUUUUCUUUUCUUUUGGACGUAGAGCUUUGUGACGGGCAGAAAGGCACAGGGAAUGUUCUUAAGGCGUGUUUUCCGGUGUUUAAACAGUCCCAGUGCUUCAGAAACCUGUCUCGUGCUGUGGCCAGAAGCCCUGAGGGCGCUUCCGUCAGGAUGUGUUUGCUCCUGGCCUGCAAGGGGAUGCUCUUGACUGGGCCAUAACCAAAGUGUGACAAGACCUCCCUCCCAGAAGGGGUCUGCACAGAGGGGCCCCCGCUUCCUGUGCCGGAAGCAGGGACUUGAGUGAGUAAAGGCGUGGGGGAGGACAGGGAUGAGGAGGCGAGCAUCGCAUGCCGACCUGACUGCCUGCCGAGCCGGGCGCUGGCUCCUGCCUCCUCUGGCAGCGCCCCGGCCUCUGCUGGCGCCCAGGGUGUCAGCCAGAGCACUGGUGGUAGUUCAAGUUUGUACGGAGUCGCGUACGCCCUCUAUCCUGUUCUGUAAACAUUUCUUCCCUCUGUCACCUCGUAGCUGUGACCAACGUGCAGCUCUACCCUUGAGUGAAGGUGACUGAGCAGGGCCCAAAGCUCCGCAGUGUCACCAGCUCGCAGCCCCCUUCCUGCAGCUUGGGUUCAUGGUGCCCGGGCCCAGAGUGUGGCGGGACAAGUGAGCCCUUUCAGCAUCUCAGGGAUCCUGCAGGAAGGAUCGGGCGCACGUCACAGAGGCCUCGGUGGCAUUUCCAUCUUCGCUUUGUGCUCCUGAGCCCCACUGCUGCCCACGUAGAAUGCCCGCCCUUCCUCCGGGAACUCGGCCGGGGCCGGAAGUGCUGCUGGCUGUGAAACUGUAGGAAGCGAGGGUCUGUUUUCCUCUCACAAAGUGUGUGUGUUUUGUAGAAAAUCACGUCUUGGACCACAAGAACAAUCCUCGCUCUCUUAAUCCUGGCUCUUCGCAGUGGCCAGAGACGCCAUCAGCCUAGUUCUCGGUCCCUCGAUGCUCUAAAGUUUAGCAGCGAUUCAUCUCAUACUGCUGCACGCGACUCUGGCGAAUCGGUGGCCCGCUCUGCCGGAAGGAGAAGCUCGAACGUAGAAGGUGGUUUCCCAGACCGUAGCCUGAGUCAGUUCGGUUUUCUUUCAGGAAACCACUUUAGAGUAAAAUUUCCCUGUGUCUCUUCUGCUCAGCCGUGUCCAGCCUCUCAGUCUCAUCCCCUUCACGCGACUGUCAAGGCGGGAUUUCUGCCUCGCGUUAUGAUCUUGUCAGGAUCUCUGCUCUCCUGUUCCACGACCUGCCCUCCCCCCACCCUCCGGUCCACAGGCUGAAGGCUUUGGUGCAUUGCAGUGUUUUCUCCCAGCAGCCAUGUGAAGGGUGCAUUUUCUAAGCUAAGGCGAACUUUCUCAUAGAGCACAUACUAAUGCCGUGUGUCAUCGCUUCGGACCGCAUUUGAUGUUCUUUCCCGCACUCAGAUCUAUGUCUUGUUUUAGUACUUAAGCUUCUACCACAAGGAAGCAGUCUCUAUGGACCAAGGAAGAGCAUAAAAGAUGCCUGUUUUAAUUGCAAGUGGCGUUCCGGUCAUCUCCCCCACCCUGAAGCUUCUUCUUCGAGGAAGAGCUUAGAACGUCCGGUCUGAUGACGUUGUCGGCCCUGCUCCACGCACCCAGUGGGACAGCAGAACCGUCUGUGCUUCCUGCUGCUAAGCUGCUGAGUUUCAGAGGCAGCCUGUGUAUCACCCCUACCGAUUUCGCGCUCCCCGCCUCCCCCUUUGCUUUUCUCUGACGCCCCCUCGGCCAUUUAACAGGUUCACAGCAUGCAGAGUCCAGGCUGCCUGUGGCCUGCCGCUUCCUGUCCCUCCAGGGCUCACUGAGUUAAUGGCUUCCCCGCUGAAGAAGGUAGAUUUCAACUAGGUACCUCUUAGUACGUUAGAAUGCAUUCGUCUGGAACACACCAGGUUCUGAGACCCGCUCUUUACUCUGCUUUCUCUGGACUGCUUUUGGCAGGAAGGCUUUGAAAGAGAUCCCCCUGAAUUGAUGCUAAUUCUUGUCGCCACCUGGAAUGUAGUUCUUGGUGGCGAGCUGAACACUCCCAGAUUCCCCGGGGGCUUCUUUCAUAGCCUGGCUAUGCAUUUGCACCCUCUCUCACGGUUUGUGCUUGAAAAGUAGAUGUUUUUCGACGGCUCACUGUCAGCGCGUGGGACACGCGUGUCCCCUGAGAUGCUGUGUGAAGAAAGUACAGAGAGACAGGGACAAGGCGGUGCCAGAGCAAGGAUUUGGUCGUGACGCACCAGGGGCCUGUUGGGAUUCCGGUGGCAGGAAUUCUGCAGCCAGGCCAUUUGGGAGGAGGAGGUCUGGACAGUCAGCAGAUGUCAGAGCGAAAUAGAAACGCUAGCUCACGCCCUGGCCAGUCAGCUUCUUGUGAGGCGGGGUGUGAGGUUUCGUAGUGGGCAGCCGGGUCAGGGGCUCGGCCUGCUUCACGUUUGAGAUGCGUGUUAGGGAUCUUAAAUAAGAUCCUUAAGGAUCCAAAAGUCCCGUCUGCACGUGGGGGUUCUCGACACCUUGCAGUGUUUGCAGAUCAUAAAUUGGAUUUGCUUAGUCAUGUGACCUCAAAAGAAGUCAGACACAUCUAAUCUGGAAGUAAGUUUCACUUGGGGGAGAAAACGUCUGUAAAUACCAUUUGCUUUCCAGGUUAGAUUGGAAUGCAGAGGGAGUUUUCAGUAUUUUUUUUUUUUUUUAACAAUAAUGAUCACUGAAGAGUAUUUAUGUAAACAUGCAACGAUUGGGGGUUCCGAUCAGGGUGCUGUACGGUUGGGUUCUCUUGCUGUGAUGCAGACAUGUAAAAUAAAGAUUCUAUGAUGGAAA